CCUGCGUGAUAUAAACCAGCGAAGCAGCCAUUGUGGCCUCUUGUCACUCGAGGCACGAUCUGCUCAAGACCCACUCAAGACAGCCAAGAUGAAAGUCAAGGACAUGACCUUUAAGGAGGGGCAGGAGUUCAAGAUUCGUGUCAAGCCCAAAGAUGACUGCAGCAGAUUCUCCAUCAAUAUUGGGCACGACCCGGAAAACAUCGCGCUGCACUUCAACCCCCGCUUUGACGACGACGUCAUCGUCUGCAACUCAAUGUCGGGAGGCUCCUGGGGCGACGAGCAACGAGACGGAAACAUCAGCUUCGUCCGUGGCGAGGAGAGCAAGAUGUACAUCAACUUCAACUACGAGGAGUUCUUUAUCAAGUUGCCCGAUGGCUCCAUUAUGAGCUUCCCCAACCGUCUGGGAGACGUCAAGUACAAAUAUUUUGAGGUCAUGGGGGAGGCCAGGGUCAUCGGCAUGAAGAUCAAGUAGAGCUCCUUCUUGUUCACGGGUUGGCCGCUUUGACGUUGACAAACUUGGACGUGACUCCUCAACAUUCAUCAUGGUGCUCUUGAAAAGAGUGGGAGGACCUUGUAUGAUGAGUAAAUGCCUCGAGAGUGAGCCAUACCACACCCUUGCUCAAUGCUCAAUGGAUUUGCAAAUAAAUAUACGCUAAAAAUUGAAAAUGUCAUGAUUUUAUUUUCGCUAGCACUAGAUUAUGCAACAUUAAUAGUAACCUACUUAUUUCAAUUAAAAAGGACCCUUGCAGAAGCAGUAAAAAGGUGGAAAGUUUUUUGCAUGCUUUGAAUGGGGGAAACAAAUUCAAAUGGGUUUACUGUAAUUCGUCACGCAUGCAUUCCCAACAUUUAUGUCUUUAAAAUUAACAAAUUCACACUCAACUUAGAUACUUCCAGUUUUAAAAUUCUAUAUACUGUAGAUGUGAAUAGAUGUGAUAAAAGUC